AUAUCCAGAUAAUCUAUCAUAUUUGUGGCAAAUAUUUUAUUUUUGGAUAGCAUUUUGGAAUAUAUCAAAUAAUUUGUAAAGAUGCCACAGAAUGAGUAUAUAGAACGACAUAUCAAGCUCCAUGGCCGUCGCUUCGACCAUGAAGAGAAGCUGUACGUCUAGCACUUAUAUUUCCGAUACAUAUAUCCAAUAAAUUAACAAUACAACUUCUUAUAGUCGCAAGAAAAAGGCUAGAAGCGUAAAUAAGAUGAGUAAGAAGAUUCAAAAGCUACGUGGCCUUAAAUCUAAGCUAUUUAAGAAGCAAAGAUACGCUGAGAAGGUGGAACUCAAGAAAAAGAUCAAGAAACAUGAAGAGAAGGGAGGAAAGGAAGAAGUUGUUGAGAAGACUGAUGGAGCUAUUCCAGCUUACCUUCUUGAAAGAGGUGACGUUAACCGCACCAAGAUUCUGAGCAAUAUGAUCAAGCAAAAGCGUAAAGAAAAGGCUGGAAAAUGGGCUGUACCAAUUCCAAAAGUCCGUGCUAUGAAUGAGGAUGAAAUGUUUAGAGUUUUAAGAACUGGAAAGAGGAAGAAGAAAAUGUGGAAACGUGUGGUUGAUAAAGCAUGUUUUGUCCCAGAGGAUUAUACCAGAAAGCCUCCAAAGUAUGAAAAAUAUAUAAGACCAACAGGACUAAGAUUUAAGAAGGCACAUGUUACUCAUCCAGAGCUGAAAACAACGUUUUAUCUUGAUAUUAUCUCUGUUAAAAAGAAUCCGCAGUCUCACCUGUAUACAAGUUUGGGAGUUAUUACUAAGGGAACCAUUAUUGAAGUAAAUGUUAGUGAGUUGGGUCUUGUAACUCAAACAGGAAAGGUUAUUUGGGCAAAAUAUGCCCAAGUUACGAAUAAUCCCGAGAACGACGGUUGUAUAAACUCAGUGUUACUAGUUUGA